UUUACCUAAAAAACUGAUCAGAGAUGCCAAUGUUCUUGUUUACACAAGAGCGCCAUUUAGCGCCAUCUUGAAUCAAGAUUCUUUCCCAGACCUCCCACGGUUAACGAAUUCACUAUGGCGGAAGGAGUGUCGAAGGUGGGUCUCAGCUUGUCCUCGCGAAUAAUUGCUCGACAUUGGUCUGCAGUAGAGAAUUUGUAGAGUGGUGCUUUAACUUUCACUAACCUGGGGAUAUUGCCAUUGUCAAAAACCACAAGUCGUUUGGAAAGAUCGCUUAACAUUGCCAUCACCCACACAGGUCAACGUGUCGAAAUCUGCAGAAAUCCCGCCUCGUCAUCGUUCUGCGACUGGGUGAUGGUGGUUUUAUGAAGUAAUAUUUAUAGUAAGGGUGUGGCGAUUUACUUUUCACUCUUCUAAGCGAAAAUCUCAUCGCUUGAGCCAUGAAGAGAAGUAAUUUCAUCCUUCUUCGCGACUUGGAAGACCCUUCGAACCAAGCCUCUGGUGUGUUGUGGGGAAUGUUAUCGAAUUACGUGUAUGGGACUCUACCACCGAUUGCAUUGAAAGGUGAAUUAUUUGAAGCUCUACCAGCAGAUGAACAGCCCGUUGGAAUCGAAGACAAAAUCGCCAUACGUGGACUAAAGCAAAAGUAUUUGAAAGUCGAGUGCCCCAAAGAAGAUUUACAAACUAUCAAUGAACACGACGCUCAGAUUUUGCUCGCUGUUCAGUCGUACAGUGAAAGAUGUAGGAUGUUGAAUGAAAGGCAAGAUCUUCUCCGUUGGGGUGGGAGCGAGAAUGAAGGAUGCCAGGUGCUUGUGUGGAUUGAGGAUUUGAGGAAGAAUGUCGGUGCUAUCGUUCAUUAUAAAGGAGCUCUGCCACCUUAUGAUGGGAUCAUGUUUGGAGUUGAGAUUGUGGUAAGUGUAUAA